CAGCGUUGAUGACGCAGGUCCAAGAUGGCGGUGCAGGUGCAGCUGUGUAGUCUGGAGAGUUUCCCGUCGCACCUGAGUCCUCUGGAUGUUUUGAUGUUAAAGUCUCACCUGGACUCGGUUUUCCGGAACGACACCGACCCUCCCACCGUCCUCUUCACCCCGCAGCGGCCUCCGCGUCCCGGGAGCCCGCCGGGCAUUUUACUGCGCGUUCACCCGACCACCGAGGAGGAGACCGCGGGCUGCGGAGGAGCCGAGUCCGGGAGCCGCGUCCGGCUGUUCGCCAGCCGCCUCUUCACGCGGCACCACGGGCUCCAGCGGCUCGGCAGCACGGGGACCGUCCGGGCUCUGGAGCCCGUCAGCCUGGACAGAGUGGUGCUGGGAGCCCGCAGCAGGCAGAGCCUCCGCCGGGCCGGAGCGGAGCGGUUCACCGGCGGGCUGCUGGAGCUCUGCCGCCCGGGACAGUGGCUGCUGGCCCGGCGGGGAGAGCCGCUGCUGCUGGGAGACGAGCCGGGACAGCUGACGGAGCUGCUGGUGUUGGACUGCAGUCCUGUGACGCAGGGUCGGAUCACGGCCGACACGUCUCUGGUUCUGACAGACUGCUGGGACUCGGUGGACCCCCCGGGCGCCCCCCCGCCCUGCAGACCGCUCAGACUGUGCGUGUCGGACUUCGCUCAUUACGCCGACGGCCUCGGAGGGGGGCGGUCUCUGCUGGACAGCCGGAAGCUGCUGGGCUCGGGGUUCUCGGGGGUCCUGCAGGCGCUGGAGUGCAGGCUGGACGUCCGGGUGGCGGACGCUCGGCGGUGGCUCGGGGUCGGAGGUCAGCGGGGCGCGGCCGUGGACGCGGACAGCUGUGUGUUUGUGAGCAAGCAGCUGCUGCUCAGGCUGGGGCUGUUUCACCAGGAGUGGGUGAGACUGUCCAGGCCGGGCGGGUCCUCCAGACCUCCUGCUGACCAGACCGAGGUCAGGGGGGCCCCCGUGUGCAGAGAGCGACUGGUCUCUGUGCUGGCGGUGGAUUUAUCACAGAGUCCAGACCUGAACCAGAACGGAGAAGUUGGUUUCAUAUCGGGAACGUUGUGGUUCAACAUGACUGAAGGAGAAGAGGUUCCCGUGAACAGCUGCACACUGAGGAUGAAGAGGUGGAGGCCGUCACCUCCGGUGCCCGGCGCCCGCCGCUCUGACAGUUUCUGCCGCUCAGCUUCUCCGCCGUUCGCCAGCGAGCUUCACAUCCAGCCGGUCGUCUCUCCGCUGUACAACAACCUCAGCUGCUACGACAACCUGCUGUCUGAACACUUCAGGACGCCCAGACUGGUCUCUCAGGGCGACAUCCUGACAGUUCCAGCCGAAAACCACCCGGACCUGCUGGAGAACAAUUCAGAGGGAAUAUUCAGGUGUCCAGUGCUGUUCUUCAGAGUGCAGACAGUAUGUCCGUCUGCAGAAAGAGAAGAAGAAGAAGGAGGAGGAGGAGCUUACCUGGCCGACAGACAGCACACCUCACUCUACAUGCGAGCAUCCACCAACAGCCCCGUCCCCUGCUGCUCUGUGGACGGAGCGUCUCUGUGGAGCAGUCUGUCUCCUCCGGGCCUCCAAAAGACCGUCGACCUCCUCGGCAGCAUCAUCCUCCCGCACCUGCACCGCAGUGUUUUGUGUGGUUGCAGCAGCUCCCUGUCAGGCUGCACCGUCCUGCUUCACGGUCCUGCAGGAAGCGGUAAGAUGACGGCGGUCGGCGCGGCGAGUCGCAGACUGAACCUCCACCUGCUGAAGGUGGACUGCGUGAGCGUGUGCGCUGACACUCCUGCAGCCUCGGAGGUGAAGCUGACCUCGGUGUUUCAGCGGGCCGACGCCCUGCAGCCCUGCAUCCUGCUGCUCAGGAACCUGCAGCUCCUGCUCAGACCUCGUGGUGGCGCCGAGGAGGACGGCAGGGUCCCGGCUGCGUUCUGCCAGCUGCUCCACAGCGCCCCCACCAGUGUGGUGGUGGUGGCGACGGUCAGCAGACCUCGGGAUCUGUCUGCAGGUGUCAUGGCGUCGUUUGUCCACCAGGUGGCGUUAGAGAGUCCCACUGAGGAGCAGCGGCACUCGAUGCUGGUCAGCCUGAGCCGAGACCUUCACCUGGGGAGAGACGUCGACCUGGAGAGACUGUCCAAACUCACUGCGGGUUUUGUGUUGGGGGAUCUGAGCGCUCUGCUGGUGGCGGCAGGUCGAGCCGCCUGCAGGAGGCUGAUUCUCACCUGUGGAGGCCGGCAGGAGGAGGAUCUGUGCUCCAGUGGAGUGACCAUCCUGAACCAGGACUUGACCUCCGCCCUGAAGACCCUGCAGGACGCCCAGUCCACGGCCAUCGGAGCCCCCAAGAUCCCUGAUGUGCGUUGGGAGGACGUUGGAGGUCUGCAGCAGGUGAAGAAAGAGAUCCUGGACACUGUUCAGCUUCCUCUGCAGCGUCCAGAGCUCCUGUCUCUGGGUCUGAACCGGACCGGAGUCCUGCUUUACGGACCACCAGGGACGGGGAAAACUCUGCUGGCCAAAGCCGUGGCUACUGAGUGCUCCAUGACCUUCCUCAGUGUUAAAGGUCCGGAGCUCAUCAACAUGUACGUGGGUCAGAGUGAAGAGAACAUCAGAGAAGUGUUCUGCAGAGCGCGCUCGGCAGCUCCCUGCGUCGUCUUCUUCGAUGAGCUGGACUCUCUGGCUCCCAGCAGGGGGCGCACUGGAGACUCUGGAGGGGUGAUGGACAGAGUCGUGUCCCAGCUGCUGGCCGAGCUCGACACUCUGCACUCGUCCGUCGGCGUUUUUGUGAUCGGAGCCACAAACCGUCCCGACCUGCUGGACCAAUCGCUGCUGAGGCCCGGCAGGUUUGAUAAGCUGGUCUAUGUUGGGAUCAACGAGGACCGGGUCUCUCAGCUGCAGGUUCUGCAGGCCAUCCUCAGAAAGUUCCAGCUGGACUCUGCUGUGGACCUGCAUGAUGUGGUGGAUCGUUGCCCCGCUCACAUGACCGGCGCCGACCUGUACGCUCUCUGUUCGGACGCCAUGACGGCCGCCAUCAAGAGGAAGAUCGCCCUCAUCGACGACGGUCUGGACUCGGAGGACUCGCCUGUACUCGUCUCCGUUGAGGAUUUCUCGGCAGCAUUAGAAAACUUCAAGCCGUCUGUUUCAGACCAGGAGCUGCUGCGAUACAAAAACAUUCAACAGAGACUCACAGCAAAGUAGAAACUUCGUAGAAAAUCGUCAUCAAUCAGUCGCUGAUGAUGAUCAUGAUGAUGACCACUCUUCAACACCUUACGGGAUGUUUUAAGAACUGAUGAAGGUCUAAUUAAAGUGCCAACCACCAGAAAUCAACAUUGUGAUAAACUGUAGAUGAUGUAAAUGAUGUAAACAAGAGGAGAAGUUAUACAAUUGUGAAAUGUAAUGUACACAAGUUAAAUUAAACGUGUGAUUUGAGGUUA